AUCAAUUUUAGUACAUGCAUUGUAUUCGUAUUUGAUGGUCGUUUUUGAACUGAUGGUUUUGAAUUAUAUGCGAUAUUGUUUUUAUUUGCGCAGAAGUGUUUUAUACGUGACAAUGUGUUUUAUUACUCUUUUAUCGUUCGUUUACAGUAUUGAGUGAUAUGAUAAACGAAUAAAAAAAUAAUUUUAUUUGAGUGUACCAUUUUCGGUGAUAGUGAUCACAAUGCCGGGUCUUAUUGGUAUUGGCGAAUUUAUUGAGGAAACUCGAGACGACUAUAGUUCACCGACAACUUCCACAUUCGUGUCGCGUAUGCCACAAUGCCGGCAGACCAUCAGUGCUUUGGAAGAGACGUUGGAUUUCGACCGAGAUGGCCUCACGAAACUGAAGAAGGCUGUAAAGGCAAUACACAAUUCUGGAAAUGCACACGUGGACAACGAGAUGUAUUUGGCGCGAGCCUUGGAAAGGCUCGGUGGAAACGCUCUCAACAAAGAUUCAGAGCCAGACAUCGCAGCAGCGUUCCUCAAGUUCGCUGUCGUCACCAAAGAGUUAUCAGCCCUUAUGAAGACAUUGAUGCAAAACAUAAACAACAUAGUGAUGUUCCCUGUGGACAGUCUAUUAAAAGGUGACUUACGGGGAGUAAAGGGCGACCUGAAGAGGCCAUUUGAUAAAGCAUCCAAAGAUUAUGAGUCCAAGUACCUGAAAAUUGAAAAAGAGAAAAAGUCACAGGCGAAAGAGGCUGGUCUCAUUCGGAGUGAGGUGACUCCGGCCGAGAUCGCGGAUGAGAUGGAAAAAGAGAGACGAUUAUUCCAGUUGCAAAUGUGUGAGUACCUGAUUAAAUUCAAUGAAAUCAAGACGAAGAAAGGAAUCGAGCUGUUACAGCACCUUGUAGAAUACUAUCAUGCGCAGACAAAUUACUUCCAAGAUGGACUUAAGACAAUUGAACAUUUCGGUGUGUAUGUUGCGGACUUGAGUGUACAAUUACAGAAGAUCAGACAGCAGCAGGACGACGAGAGGAGGAAGUUACUUGAAUUAAGGAAUAUGUUGAGGGCAGCGGCGCCACAAGAUAGGGAGGUAGCUUCGUCCGUCGGUGGUUACUCUCUUCAUCAACUACAAGGCGAUAAACAACAUGGUGUGUCGCGUAGUGGAUAUUUGCUCAAAAAAUCAGAAGGGAAAGUCCGGAGGGUGUGGCAAAAGCGACGGUGUCGGGUCACGGCUGAAGGUUUUCUAGACAUAUUCCACGCGGAUGAAAACAAACCACCUGCGAGAGUUAAUCUGUUGACGUGUCAAAUUAAAGUAGCUUCAGAAGACAAGAGGGCGUUUGAUCUAGUCUCAUAUAAUCGUACCUAUCAUUUUCAAGCGGAUGAUGAAAAUGAACAACGAGCUUGGACAUCCGUCCUGAUCAACUGUAAGGAUGGUGCUCUUAUGAGGGCGUUUCAUCAGCAGGCUGGCGAGAGUAAUGACUCGGGACAUUCCCUGCUAGACCUGCAGCGGUCGAUCAUAAGAGCUGUGAGAGCCAUGCCGGGCAACCAAGUUUGUGCUGACUGCAGUUCUACAAAUGAUCCCACAUGGCUAUCGACAAAUUUCGGCGUAAUAGUCUGCAUAGAAUGCUCGGGAAGCCAUCGCGAGCUCGGCGUGCACAUAUCGCGGAUCCAGUCGCUCACCCUUGACCGACUGUCCACCUCCCAGCUGUUGAUAGCGCGGCAUAUGGGCAACCAGAUGUUCAAUGAUGUUAUGGAGAACACACUCGAUGAAAGGGAUAAACUGACACCCGAGAGUACGAUGGAGGAGCGUCUCCGGUUUAUCCGCGAGAAAUAUGUGUACAGAGCGUGGGCAGCGCAGACAUGUUGCGACGAGGCCGAGCGAUUGUCCGAGGUGGAACAUGCAGUCAAUAACGGACACCUGCAGAAUUUACUGCAAGCCUACGCCGAAGGUGCAGACUUAGCUGCGCCACUUCCUUGCUCUGAUUGUGGGGAAACAGCCCUCCACCUGGCCAUAUCCAGAGAGCUGGGCGACGGCUCCUGCCUCCACAUAGUCGAUUUUCUAGUCCAAAACGGCGGUUCCCAACUGCUGGAUAAAACAAUGUCAUCUGGCAUGACGGCGUUGCAUUUGUGUGCGGCGACCGAUAGAACUGAACCAAUGAAACUAUUGCUCAAAGCUGGCGCUGAUUGGUCCAUAAAGGAUGGCAGUGGUCGAACCGCCUUGCAGAUUGCCAAGCAAAUGGGACAUCACGCGUGUCAAGAAUUGUUGGAAAGUGUAGAUAAGAGAGAGAAGAGUAUAUUUGAGAAUAUAAACGUAGACUGGAAUCUAUCUCAUGAUGAUGGCUCAACUGAUUUUUCUGACGACGAUACUGUUAUUGAUGAAAGGCAAAAUGGCAGUGUCACCCCUGAAAAGAAAUGCCCUCGGUCGAGGCCACCGUCGUAUGCGGGCGGUGCCGUUAUCGGUGCAGGUGUAGAGCGACCCGACCGACCGGAUCGACCCGAACGCCCUGACCGCCCCGACCGACCCGACCGCGCCGAUCGGUCCGAACAACUCGAUCGCGCCGAUCGGCCCGACCGACCAGAUCGUGGCGGUGACUCGCCAGUGCUUCGCUCGCGGUCUUCCACAUGCGACUCGCUACACCACGCUCCGCCUACGCCAACAACAUUGCCGAGGAAACCCAAUGUUUAUAACAUUGGCAGUCUGAAGAAACGCGCAGCGCCGUUACCACCGGCGGUGGCGCUAGCGCACCCUGCAGUACAUCCGCCUCCGCAUCCAGCGACGCACACGACGUCACAUCCGGCGUCACACCCGCGCUCCACACCCUCGCCUUCGGCCGACAGUGCCAGAUCGUUACACGCAGUGUCUAGCGGCCUAGUGAAGCACCGUCCGCAGCAGCCGCCCCCGACACCUCCGCCGGCGGGGCCCGUGUGUCCCGCUACCUCUGCAGUAUUACACAACGGGGCGAUACACAGGGACGAGCCCACGCCGCCUCCUAGGAAGAAGAAAAAUAGAUUGCACCUGGAAAAGGCUGUGAAAGCGAAACUGAAAAGGGAGUGUUCUAGUCAAGAUUCGUCGCUGGAGUUGUGCGACAUGUCGGAUUCGUGUUUGGACGACAGUCGGCUGCAAUUGUCGGACGGCUCGCGGUCGCGCGAGCGAUCGCGCCGCAGCGACAGCCGAUCUCUUGACGUAUCCGACACAUCCAGCGUUCACUCACGGUCACCAUCGGCUUCUAUUACAAUGAUGGGUGGGCUGAGACGGUGUCGAGCGCUUUAUGACUGCUCAGCCGAUAACGAGGACGAAUUGUCAUUCCGCGAGGGUGAAGUCAUUGUCGUCAUCAAUGAGCGCACAGAAGAUGACAACUGGAUGGAAGGUCAGGUUGAAGGCACCAGUCGCCGUGGGAUGUUCCCAGUAUCAUUCGUGCACAUGUUGCCAGACUAGGGCGAAAUAAUGACAUGACUGUAAUGAUCACUUCUACAAAGAAGAUAGGUCAAGGUCAGUAAUCAGUGUUCACAAACCAUUAGGUCGACGUUGCCUGUAACAGCUACUUAUGUAUAAUGUUUUCGCUCUAUACGAGUAACUAUACAAGCAGUUAGCUUGAUUAUAAUGUGUAACUUGAGAUUUGUCAAUAGAGAUGUUUAAUAAUACUAAAAUUUAUGUUUAGGUCUUAAUGAGACCCAGUUUGAAGUAAAUGCUUCUUUUUAUUGCGGCUACUCUAAUAUGAUAUUAUCAUAUUAUUGCUGCCUCUUUAUAUAAAAUCAGUAUGGUUUCUAUUAUUCUAUUCAAAAAGGUUUUUAUUUUUUACUGACAAAAAUAUA